AUGAGUAAACCAGUGAUAAUUAGUGGCGAAGCUUCCGAAACCGAUAGUGAAAAUGAUGCAGAUGAUAAAGUGAAUAUUAUGACAAAAUCCGUACAAGGCGCAAUAGUUACAGGUGAAGAUUCAGAAUCCGAAAACGAAAAUGAAGCUAGUAUUGCCAGUGCCCUAUCUGCUCUGAACUUCAACCCAGAGAGUACAAUGGAGACGCCAGAGGAAGAAAAUACAUAUGACUCAUUAUUCCAUCAGAAACUGAGAGACUGCAACAUCCAAUUAUACAACAAUAUUGAAAGUACUUAUCAAAAUGUGAUAUCCCAAGCAAGUAGAAACCUGAACAACAUUGAGCAACAGUUGCUUCGUUCUCAACUAACUAUGCAAAAUGCUGUCAUGUCUCUGAAGACACUAAGUGUUAACUCUCUGAUGAUCAAAAGUAAACUUCAUUCUCUCCUAUCAUCAGAUUUCUUGUCUAAUGUAACUGUUAAAAAACUUUAG